AUGAGAGUGUGCUUGAUUAUCUUCCAGGAAGAACUGGAAAGUUACUUGGAAAAAGCCUGUGACCUGCUUCCAAAUCCAACCUUGACAUCACAAUGCAACGAAUUGGUAGAUGAAUACUUGCCAGUCAUUUUGGAUAUUCUCAAAGGAGAGCUGGAGAAUCCUGAAGUGGUGUGCAGUGCUCUUCACUUGUGCCAAUCCCUGCAAGCCAGUCUUGCCAAGAAGGAUAUUCUGUCCAAUGAGAUACCAGAGGUGGACAUGUCUGAAUUAACCUCCCCUUUCAUUGCCAAUGUCCCUCUCCUCCUUUAUCCACAGCAAGCCACCAAGUCCAAGAGCAAUGAUGCUGUGUGUUUGGACUGUACCCAGUUCAUCACUAACCUUCAGACUACUGUGAAAGAAAAUGCCCUUGUCUUGGAUAAGCUCAUUUCUCAGUUAAAGCAGCAGUGUAAUCUUGGACCCGGUUUAACAGAGCUGUGUGAGAAGUACAUUGUUCUACACGCACCACGGGUGGCUGAGGUAUUAUUGCAGACUGAUGCAAAAGAAAUCUGUACAACAAAUGGAUUCUGCCAAAGACCAACCACUGUUCCAAUGCAGCUCCUCCAGAAAGCCAUUGUUAAACCUAUUCAGAAAAGCCCAGUGUCUGUGACAGCAUCGCAAGGGUGUGUAAUCUGUGAGUUUGUCUUGCAAGAGAUUGACAGAUACCUGCAGAAGAACAGUACUGAGGAGAUGAUUGUUAACAUCGUGGAGAAAGUAUGUUCCCUUUUGCCAGCCACUGUCAAAAGUGAAUGCAAUGACUUUGUCGAACAAUAUGGGAAAGCUGUGGUGGAUCUUCUUGCACAGGAAUUGAAUCCUGCUUUAGUAUGCAGAGUCAUUGGUCUCUGCAGUAAUACACAACGUGUGGUUACUGAGGACGUUAAACCGAACCAGCUGAAAACGGGUCCUUUGUGUGAAAUCUGUAUCACUGUGAUAAGGUAUCUGGAUGCCGCACUGGAAAAGAAUUCCACAGAGCAGGAGAUUGAGAAUGCCCUGGAUAAAGUCUGUAGCAUGCUGCCAACUACAGUGCGUGAUGAGUGUAUCAACCUAAUAGCUGAGUAUGGAUCGGUCCUACUGCAUAUUUUGUUGGAAAGUUUGGACCCAGAUUUUGUUUGCACAAAAGCUGGGCUUUGUGGAGCUGCAAAACAACAUCUGCUGGGAGCUGAUAAAUGUGUUUGGGGUCCAUCGUACUGGUGUAAGAACAUGGAGACUGCAACUCAGUGCAAUGCUGUUGAUCAUUGCAAACGCCAUAUCUGGAACUGAAAGGCAUCAAUUUCUGGAUGAAGACAAUAAUCAUUUUAAAAUAAGAAUCAUUUUUGUUUCUCUGGAAUAUUUUUCAGUUUUGUUUGCUUGCAAUGUAUACUGCCACAUUAGGCAGAAAAAUGUAUCUACUCUAACAAUCUGUCAAGGUUCCUUAAAGUCUUGUAUCUGCGACAACUAAUGAUGUUUAAUAGUCUAACUGCCUCGUCGUGAUAUGUAGAUUGUAAGCGCCCUCUGACUUCCAGUCCCACUUGAGUUGUGGUACUAGUUGCACUAGGUGGGCUGCUAACAAUGCUAUAUUGCAGGAGAUUGAAUAUCAAGGUAAGUCCUUGGACAUAGUACACUGGAAGGAAAAUGCAGCAGUGCAAUAAUUCUUUUGCAAGUUUGACAAUUAAUGUAUAAUUUUUUUGCAGUUUGAUUUGAUUGGUUUUACUACUUGACAAUUAACUAAGCUCUACUUCUGAGUAUGAUUGGUCUGAAUGGCUUGGGCCAGCAUGUUCAAAGUUUCUGGAAUAUUAGUGUUUUUGAGUACAAAUUUCUGUUUGCCUUGAUGUCUGUCUUUGAAUCUAGUGAAACGUGUGUAAGGUGCUUUGCCAAUAAAAUGUACACUAAAUCCUA